AUGCGCGACCCCCGAGUUCGCCUCCUCACUUGCAAUGUCAACUGCAAUGGCCCAUCUAAAGUUCAGGCCACGCUUGACCUCAUCAAUAACAAUCUUGCCGACCUGAUUUCUUUGCAGGAAAUUGAUGUGCAUGCCUUUGGAGCCGUGGCCUACACCAAGGAGUGGCGCAGGGCCGGUUGCAGCCUCGUCCUUUCUUCCCCUGAAGUUGGUUUGAUACAAGUCUCCAUCCAAGACGCCUUGUACCCUUUGUUAGUGGUUGCCUCCUAUGGGUACCCAGGGGAUCAACAUGCCACGGAUGCCUUAGUCGAUGCCCUCGUGGCUUUUGCCAAAUCCUUUGGUGGACGUUUUGUCCUCUUUGGGGACUGGAAUGAAGCUUUUGAUAGAGCUUUGCAGUCGCAUGACCUGGAGAUGGCCUGGCGUCUCCUCUCUGAUACGGCUGAGCAAGCCCUGCAGGACCCUGACUCCCACUCCAACCACCAUGCUGUUCCUCGUUCUUCUGCCUUUGAGCCUCGUGGCUAUUCUGAAAUCCCGCACGCUAGGACUGCUACUUCUGGCCAGGAGUCCCGCGGCACGCAAGGUUUGCGCCGCUUGCGUAACCGUUUGGUCCAACUCUCCCAUGAUCCCUGCGAUCCGUGUUUACGCGCUAACAUAUCGGCCUCUCUGUGUGGCCUGCGCAAAUUAGUGCCAGAGUUGCCUCACAUGCCUUUGGCCCAGCUUGAGCACUUUGCUCAAUGUGUGCAGGACCUAUAUGAUAGCUACGUGACCUCUGAAAAGGAAGCCCGCAUCUUCCGUUGGAAAUGCAUGGUCCAAGAAUCCCCGAACAAGCAAGUCGCUUGGCUUCGUCGACGUGCGGAUCUCGCUUUGGAACUCCAAGCCAGGCCCCUGCCUGUCACGGACGUCGCAACUGCCAUUCACCCGAUUUCUGUGCUGAAAGAGCACGGCCCCAAGUGGGAGAAAUUGUGGACGUAUCCUGAAGAUGACCCUGUCAGGCUGGAUGACAUCAAUGACAUCUUGAAGGAUGUACCGGCGUGCCCUGCCUCUGAAAUCAUGCUUACCCUUGAGCCCCAGGACUUAGUUCGGCAAGCUAAGCACAUGUCUGGCAAGGCUCCGGGCCAUGAUAGCUGGAGCGCCGACGACCUUGCCCGCUUGCCUCUCAACUGGUGGGCUAAUUUAGCCCAAAUCUGGAACAGCAUUAUUGCUGGCGCUCCAGUACCUCUCACGUGGUCUCGCGCGCUAGUUGCUCUCAUCCCUAAAAAGGUGGUCAACACAAGACCGUUGGGCCUUUGCCCGAUCGUGUGGCGCAUCGGCGCACGUGCCAUCGUAGGCAAGCUGAGGCCUUGGAUUCAUCAGUGGAUCACGCCGUUGGCCUUUGGAGGCGCCCCGGGCACCUCGUGCGCCGACGCGCACUUACGCAUCACUGCGGCGAUUUUAAAGGGCGCCAAAGAAUUUAUCCAACAGGACCUCAAAAACUUCUUUGAUCACCUUUCUUUACCCGCAGUCCUCCCUGUGUUAGCCCAUUUAGGAGCUCCUCAUGCCCUAACCCACGUCCUGAAAAGUUUCUAUCGCUGUCCAACCCGCCUCUUCAAAGUUGGGCGCUUUGUGGCUGGGGGUUGGGUCGGGGUCUCUCGGGGUUUCGUACAGGGGUGCCCCUUUUCCCCAUUAGUCGCUCUAGCGGUCGGCCAUGCCUGGAGCCACCACUCUUUGUCCCGCGAUGUCCGUGGUUUCAUUUUCAUCGACGACCGGCUUCUUUGGCCGCGUCCAGAAGCUUCGUGCCCCGUUGAAAGCACUGCAAUCGCUCUUGCGCGCUCCGACCAUUUUGAUAGCACUUUCAAAUUGCGUUGUGAGCGCGAUAAAUGUGCCUACGUCACUGUACCCGGACAGGGCCGACUGGGGGGCCUUGCUCAGGCACGUGGGUACCAAGAGCUUGCUCGUCUUGACUUCUUAGGCAUUGCGUUGGAUGUCGAGGCCCUUGAAGGUAGACCACUCAAACUCAUCCUCGACAAGGUCCUUUUCCGUGUGAGGUUCCUCAAGUGUCUUCCUAUCUCCUUGCACCGCAAAGUCAUUCUCAUUCGCAGCAUGGCCUUUUCGUGCUUCACGUGGUGUGCCGGUGUGGCUAUGCCUGAGCCACAAAUUCUUCGGUCUAUCCAACACGAGAUCUCUGCUCUCUUCCGUGGCGCUUUCAAACAGGAAGUCCCUUUCUUCCUUAUGCACGAGAUCCUGGGCUGGGAGUCGUCCCCUCAGUUUGCCUGUGAUUUUGCAGCGUUGCAAGUAGCAAACCGAUUCGCCGUCAGACGGCCCUCUUGGUACGAUGACCUUCCACUUGAUGAGGCUUUCGUUACCUGGCCUGACGUCAUGCCUGUUGCUCGCGACGCUGUACAUCGCUUGGGGUGGUCCAUUCUGCCCGGGGGUAGCGGGAUCACGCGGUGCGACGCUAAUGGUGUGCGUGUUUUCAAGUUUGGAUUCUCUAACAUAAGCGUCCUGAAGUCGUGGCUAACCGCUGCUUUUCGUGAUGAUGGCGUGUAUCAGUGUCGUCGGGUCCAACGGCGGGGUCAUCGUGACGAGGAGGCUUGUGCUCGUGGUCUGGACCUCCCUGCGCCCGCUACAGGCCACUCCUUCGACUUUGCUGCUCACCGGGCUGCUUUCUUCGGCUUGGGGACCUUGGCCCAAAAACGUGCCGCCGCUGCAUCGGGGGGUAGCUUUUGGUAUCAUAACCCUGUUAAGUGUCGUACUGUCACUCCAGAGGACCCUGCUGCUUCUUGUGCUUGUGGCAGCAAAUUCCCAUCACGCCCGCACCUCACUUGGACUUGCCCUGUCACUGCUUCUCUUAGACAGGGGCUCCCGCCCCCAACCGACCGUGCCAGCGAGAGGCUUUUUGCUCCCCCUCUGAAGCCUUUCCCGCCUGCCCCUUCCGGUCCAAACGCGGAUGUUUUCCGUGACGAGGUUGCUGCUGACCUCUACAGUGCCCUCACAACCACUGACGAGAUCCUUGUUGCGACCGAUGGCUCCUCGUUCGAGGACGUUGGCGGAUAUGCAAUCGUUAUCCGUGCGGGCACAGGAAUCCACUCUCACGCCUCUGGAAACGAUGAUGAAGACCAAUCUGCUUUUCGUUCCGAGGCUUGUGCCCUCCAAGUGCUUGCCAGUGCUCUUGCUGCCAUUGUGGGCAAAGUUGCUGGCAAUGUCACUGUGCUGGUGGAUUGCCAGAGUGCUCUACGCGCCAUCGAAAGUCCUUUGCGGAGUGCCCUUCCGCUUCUCUUUGAAGAAAUUGCCAAAAACUUCCUCGCCGCUAAGGAGUCUGGCCUCACCACUCGCUUUAUGUGGGUCCCUGCACACGACCGGCAUGACAAAUGGUCCCCAAAUUGGGGUUAUGAUGCCGCCUUGUGCAGGAACUUGAACAAGAUUGCCGAUGAACAGGCCGGUGCUGCCCAGAAACGCAGAUGGACUAGAUCUCUGCGCGCUGCCUGGCACAAGGAGCUUGCUACCGCCCGUGCUUGGUCUGCGAAGGCCAUUUGCAAUUCGGCUAAAGCAAGUGAGACCUAUAGGGAUUUCCUUCUAGAGUCCAAGUGUUCCGCCAAUGCCAACCCGCCAGCUGCCUCCAGAAAAGAUGCUGAGGAUCUCCGCCCGGGGGUUGCUGAUGUGGUGGGUGUGGGCUGA